GUUUUUUGGUCUCGAGUAGCGGAGAAACAUUUUUUGCACCACCGCUACCAGCCUUAGAGCGCGGCGGCGGCGGCCACGGCAACAUCAGCACAGCCAUCAGCCGUGCAGACGCCCCGCACCCGGGAGCGCGGCGGGCUCCGGCUUAGCCCGGAGUUCACCUCCGAGUGCCCCGGGGGCUGAGCUCACCCCUUCUGCUUGCACACACACGCACACUCUCUCUUUCACGGACACACACGCGUAUACACACACACACUCUCGCGCGCGCGCGCAGACACACACACACACACACACACACACACACACACACACACGACCCCGGGCGCAAGCACCCUCCUGGCAAGGAACGUCCGCUGGCGCGGCAGUAGCCAGGUUCGGUUCCUGCCCCCGGCGGCGGCAGGCUGAGAGCACCGCCGCCGCCAGUCAGAGGAGAGCGAUGCGGGGGCCCAAGCGGCAGCUCAAACAGUAAUGUGGAUUUACAGUCGUUUCCCGCAGGAGCCGGCUGAGACGCCUGAAGUCCCGGGCACCGGCGGCGCCCGGCGGGGCUGAGCACCUGGCGAGGGGGCGGGGGACCGCACCUGGGGACGCCGCCGAAACUUGCGCCUGGACUAGGAAUUACAAGGGUGACCUUUAUUCAGCUGUCUCCUUUUUGGUUCCAGUAACUUCUGGAUCUACCAAGGACUGCUUACUUGAAAGAAGUUGUUCUUCCUUCUUUUCAUGAAAUUGAGUUUGCUUAAUCAGACAUGGAGCAAACGGACUGCAAACCCUACCAGCCUCUCUCAAAAGUCAAGCACGAAAUGGAUCUAGCUUAUACCAGUUCUUCUGAUGAAAGUGAAGAUGGAAGGAAACCAAGGCAGUCCUACAACUCCAGGGAAACUCUGCAUGAGUAUAACCAAGAGCUGAGGAUGAGUUACAAUAGCCAGAGUAGGAAGAGGAAGGAAGUAGAGAAAUCUACUCAAGAGAUGGAAUUCUGUGAAACUCCUCACACUCUGUGCUCUGGCUACCAGACAGACAUGCACAGCGUUUCUCGGCACGGCUACCAGCUAGAGAUGGGGUCUGAUGUGGACACGGAGACCGAAGGUGCUGUCUCACCUGACCACGCUCUGAGAAUGUGGAUAAGGGGGAUGAAAUCAGAGCACAGCUCCUGUCUGUCCAGCCGGGCCAACUCCGCGUUGUCCUUGACCGACACGGACCAUGAGAGGAAGUCGGAUGGGGAGAAUGGUUUUAAGUUCUCUCCUGUUUGUUGUGACCUGGAGGCUCAAGCUGGGUCUACUCAAGACAUGCAGAGCAGCCCACACAACCAGUUCACCUUCAGACCCCUCCCGCCUCCACCACCGCCUCCGCAUGCGUGCACCUGUGCCAGGAAACCACCCCCUGCAGCCGACUCUCUUCAGAGGAGAUCGAUGACUACCCGAAGCCAGCCCAGCCCAGCUGCUCCAGCUCCCCCAACCAGUACACAGGAUUCUGUUCAUCUGCAUAACAGCUGGGUCUUGAAUAGCAACAUACCAUUGGAGACCAGGCAUUUCCUGUUUAAACAUGGAUCUGGCUCCUCAGCUAUCUUCAGUGCAGCCAGUCAAAACUACCCUCUGACGUCCAAUACCGUGUACUCGCCCCCUCCCAGGCCACUUCCUCGAAGCACCUUUUCCAGACCUGCCUUUACCUUUAACAAACCUUACAGGUGCUGCAACUGGAAGUGCACGGCCUUGAGCGCCACUGCAAUCACAGUGACUUUGGCUUUGUUACUCGCCUAUGUGAUUGCAGUGCAUUUGUUCGGCCUGACUUGGCAGCUGCAACCAGUUGAAGGACAGCUCUAUGAAAAUGGAGUUAGCAAAGGGAACAGAGGGACCGAAUCCAUGGAUACUACUUACUCUCCAAUUGGAGGAAAAGUUUCCGGUAAAUCAGAGAAAAAAGUGUUUCAGAAGGGACGGGCGAUAGACACCGGAGAAGUUGACAUUGGUGCACAAGUCAUGCAGACCAUUCCACCUGGCUUAUUCUGGCGUUUCCAGAUUACUAUCCACCAUCCUAUAUAUCUGAAAUUCAAUAUUUCUUUAGCCAAGGACUCUCUGCUGGGAAUUUAUGGCAGAAGAAACAUUCCACCUACACACACUCAGUUCGACUUUGUAAAAUUGAUGGAUGGAAAACAGCUGGUCAAGCAGGACUCCAAGGGCUCUGACGAUACCCAACACUCCCCUCGGAACCUGAUCUUAACCUCACUGCAGGAGACAGGUUUCAUAGAGUAUAUGGACCAAGGGCCUUGGUAUCUGGCAUUCUACAAUGAUGGAAAAAAGAUGGAGCAAGUAUUCGUGUUAACUACAGCAAUUGAAAUAAUGGAUGACUGUUCAACCAAUUGCAAUGGAAAUGGAGAGUGUAUCUCUGGCCAUUGUCAUUGUUUCCCAGGAUUCCUGGGGCCUGACUGCGCGAGAGAUUCGUGCCCUGUGCUGUGUGGUGGGAAUGGAGAAUACGAGAAAGGACACUGUGUCUGCCGAAAUGGCUGGAAGGGGCCAGAGUGCGACGUUCCAGAAGAGCAAUGCAUUGACCCAACGUGCUUUGGUCACGGCACCUGCAUCAUGGGAGUCUGCAUCUGUGUGCCAGGAUACAAAGGAGAAAUAUGCGAGGAAGAAGACUGCUUGGACCCGAUGUGUUCCAGCCAUGGCAUCUGUGUAAAAGGAGAAUGUCACUGUUCUACUGGUUGGGGAGGAGUCAACUGUGAAACUCCACUUCCUAUAUGUCAAGAGCAGUGCUCAGGACACGGGACUUUUCUUCUGGACACUCGGGUGUGUAGCUGUGAUCCCAAGUGGACUGGAUCUGACUGUUCAACAGAGCUCUGUACCAUGGAGUGUGGUAGCCACGGAGUCUGCUCAAGGGGAAUUUGCCAGUGUGAAGAAGGCUGGGUAGGACCCACAUGUGAAGAACGCUCCUGUCAUUCUCACUGUGCUGAGCAUGGCCAGUGCAAAGAUGGAAAAUGUGAGUGUAGCCCUGGAUGGGAGGGCGACCACUGCACCAUUGCUCACUACUUAGAUGCUGUCCGAGAUGGCUGCCCAGGGCUCUGCUUUGGAAAUGGACGAUGUACCCUGGAUCAAAAUGGUUGGCACUGUGUGUGUCAGGUGGGUUGGAGUGGCACAGGCUGCAAUGUUGUCAUGGAAAUGCUUUGUGGAGAUAACUUGGACAAUGAUGGAGAUGGUUUGACUGACUGUGUGGACCCUGAUUGUUGUCAACAAAGCAACUGUUAUGUAAGUCCCCUCUGUCAGGGCUCACCAGAUCCUCUUGACCUCAUUCAGCAAAGCCAACCCCUCUUCUCUCAGCAUACUUCAAGACUCUUCUAUGAUCGAAUCAAAUUCCUCAUGGGCAAGGACAGUACUCAUGUCAUUCCUCCAGAGAUCUCAUUUGACAGCAGGCGUGCUUGUGUGAUUCGAGGCCAAGUGGUGGCUGUAGAUGGAACCCCUCUAGUAGGGGUGAAUGUUAGUUUCUUGCAUCACAGUGAUUAUGGGUUUACCAUCAGCCGGCAAGAUGGAAGCUUUGACCUCGUAGCCGUUGGAGGUAUUUCUGUCAUCUUAAUCUUUGACCGCUCACCUUUCCUGUCUGAGAAGAGGACACUCUGGCUGCCUUGGAAUCAGUUUAUUGUGGUAGAGAAAGUUAUCAUGCAGAGAGUUGUAUCAGACCCACCAUCCUGCGACAUCUCCAACUUUAUUAGCCCAAACCCUAUUGUGCUUCCGUCACCACUCACAUCAUUUGGAGGGUCCUGUCCAGAGAGGGGAACUAUUGUUCCUGAGCUGCAGGUGGUGCAAGAGGAGAUCCCCAUUCCUUCCAGCUUUGUGAGGCUGAGUUACCUGAGCAGCCGCACCCCCGGCUAUAAAACCCUGCUUCGGAUCCUUCUGACACAUUCAACCAUUCCCGUGGGAAUGAUAAAAGUCCAUCUCACGGUAGCCGUGGAAGGGCGACUCACACAGAAGUGGUUUCCUGCCGCAGUUAAUCUCAUCUACACGUUUGCCUGGAACAAGACCGACAUCUACGGACAGAAGGUUUGGGGCCUGGCAGAGGCUUUGGUAUCUGUGGGAUACGAAUACGAAACAUGUCCUGACUUUAUUCUCUGGGAGAAAAGGACAGUUAUCUUACAAGGUUUUGAGAUGGAUGCUUCUAACCUAGGAGGCUGGUCAUUGAAUAAGCAUCAUAUUUUGAAUCCUCAAAGUGGAAUCAUACAUAAAGGGAAUGGAGAAAAUAUGUUCAUUUCCCAGCAGCCCCCAGUCAUAUCAACCAUCAUGGGUAACGGACACCAGCGGAGCGUAGCCUGCACCAACUGCAAUGGCCCAGCUCACAACAACAAGCUCUUUGCUCCUGUUGCCUUAGCUUCUGGCCCUGAUGGGAGUGUGUAUGUUGGCGACUUUAAUUUCAUAAGACGAAUAUUUCCCUCAGGAAACUCCGUUAGUAUUUUGGAAUUAAGAAACAGAGAUACCAGACAUAGCACAAGUCCUGCCCACAAAUACUACCUGGCUAUGGACCCUGUGUCUGAAUCACUUUAUCUAUCAGACACCAACACUCGAAAAGUCUACAAGUUAAAAUCUCUUGUGGAAACAAAAGAUCUUUCCAAGAAUUUUGAAGUGGUGGCGGGGACAGGUGAUCAGUGCCUUCCCUUUGACCAGAGUCACUGUGGAGAUGGCGGGAGAGCAUCGGAAGCUUCACUGAACAGCCCUCGAGGCAUCACGGUUGAUAGGCAUGGAUUCAUUUACUUUGUGGAUGGGACCAUGAUUCGGAGAAUUGAUGACAAUGCUGUGGUCACAACUGUAAUCGGCUCAAACGGUCUGACUUCCACACAGCCACUGAGCUGUGACUCAGGAAUGGACGUCACUCAGGUGCGAUUAGAGUGGCCAACAGACCUUGCGGUCAAUCCCAUGGACAAUUCAUUGUAUGUCUUGGAUAACAACAUUGUGCUGCAAAUCUCUGAGAACAGGCGCGUGCGGAUCAUCGCAGGGCGCCCCAUUCACUGCCAGGUGCCAGGCAUCGAUCAUUUCUUGGUCAGCAAGGUGGCAGUUCACUCCACUCUGGAGUCUGCUAGGGCCAUCGGCGUGUCCCACAGCGGGCUGCUUUUCAUCGCCGAGACGGACGAGAGGAGAGUGAACCGCAUUCAGCAGGUCACCACCAAUGGAGAGAUCUCCAUCAUAGCCGGUGCUCCCACUGACUGUGACUGCAAAAUUGACCCCAACUGUGACUGUUUCUCAGGUGAUGGCGGCUAUGCCAAAGAUGCAAAGAUGAAAGCCCCUUCCUCCUUAGCAGUGUCACCCGACGGUACCCUUUAUGUCGCAGACCUUGGGAAUGUUCGAAUUCGUACCAUUAGCAGGAACCAGGCCCACCUGAACGACAUGAACCUUUAUGAGAUUGCUUCACCUGCUGACCAGGAGCUCUACCAGUUCACUGUCAAUGGAACCCACCUGCACACCUUGAACUUGAUAACAAGGGACUAUGUAUAUAAUUUCACCUACAAUGCCGAAGGUGACUUAGGUGCAGUUACCAGCAGCAACGGCAAUUCUGUGCACAUUCGCCGUGACGCAGGUGGGAUCCCCCUUUGGCUUGUGGUGCCCGGUGGGCAGGUGUACUGGCUGACCAUAAGCAGCAAUGGAGUCCUGAAAAGAGUGUCAGCCCAAGGCUAUAAUCUGGCCGUGAUGACCUAUCCUGGAAACACGGGGCUUCUAGCCACCAAAAGUAAUGAAAAUGGAUGGACGACCGUUUACGAGUAUGACCCCGAGGGACAUCUGACCAAUGCGACGUUUCCCACUGGAGAGGUCAGCAGCUUCCACAGCGACCUGGAGAAGCUGACAAAAGUGGAACUAGAUACUUCCAACCGUGAAAAUGUCCUCAUGUCAACCAACCUGACAGCAACUAGUACCAUAUAUAUUUUAAAACAAGAAAAUACCCAGAGCACCUAUCGUGUGAGUCCGGACGGCUCUCUGCGCGUCACCUUCGCCAGCGGGAUGGAGAUCAGCCUCAGCUCGGAGCCGCACAUCUUGGCCGGGGCGGUCAACCCCACCCUGGGCAAAUGCAACAUCUCCCUGCCCGGAGAGCACAAUGCAAACCUCAUCGAGUGGCGGCAGCGCAAGGAGCAAAACAAAGGCAACAUUUCGGCGUUUGAAAGGAGACUGAGGGCCCAUAACCGAAACCUGCUGUCCAUAGAUUUUGAUCACAUAACUCGCACGGGAAAGAUCUACGAUGACCACCGGAAAUUCACCCUUCGAAUUCUUUACGACCAGACGGGACGACCUAUUCUGUGGUCUCCCGUAAGCAGAUACAAUGAAGUGAACAUCACAUAUUCACCUUCGGGGUUGGUGACAUUCAUUCAAAGAGGGACGUGGAAUGAAAAAAUGGAAUAUGACCAGAGUGGAAAAAUAAUUUCAAGAACUUGGGCUGAUGGGAAAAUUUGGAGCUAUACCUACUUGGAAAAGUCUGUGAUGCUUCUCUUACAUAGCCAGAGGCGUUACAUCUUUGAGUAUGACCAAUCAGACUGUCUGCUCUCGGUCACCAUGCCUAGUAUGGUGCGCCACAGCUUACAAACCAUGCUUUCAGUGGGCUACUACCGGAACAUCUACACCCCACCAGACAGUAGCACCUCUUUCAUCCAAGACUACAGUCGAGAUGGCCGACUGCUACAGACCCUGCAUCUGGGAACAGGGCGCAGAGUGUUAUACAAAUACACCAAGCAAGCAAGGCUGUCUGAGAUUCUCUAUGAUACCACUCAGGUCACAUUAACCUAUGAAGAGUCUUCUGGAGUGAUUAAGACAAUACACCUGAUGCAUGACGGCUUCAUUUGCACAAUCAGAUAUAGGCAAACAGGACCUCUUAUUGGACGCCAGAUCUUCAGGUUCAGUGAAGAAGGUCUGGUGAAUGCUCGGUUUGACUACAGCUACAACAACUUCCGCGUCACCAGCAUGCAAGCUGUGAUCAAUGAAACCCCUUUGCCCAUAGAUCUGUACCGAUAUGUUGAUGUUUCUGGUAGAACAGAGCAGUUUGGAAAAUUCAGUGUGAUUAAUUACGAUUUAAAUCAGGUCAUAACUACUACGGUGAUGAAGCAUACCAAGAUUUUCAGCGCCAGCGGACAAGUUAUCGAAGUCCAAUACGAAAUCCUAAAGGCAAUUGCCUACUGGAUGACUAUUCAGUAUGAUAAUAUGGGGCGUAUGGUGAUAUGUGAUAUAAGAGUGGGAGUGGAUGCCAACAUAACAAGAUACUUCUAUGAAUACGAUGCUGACGGGCAGCUGCAGACUGUUUCCGUAAAUGACAAAACCCAGUGGCGUUACAGUUAUGACCUGAAUGGAAACAUCAACCUCUUAAGCCACGGGAAUAGUGCUCGUCUUACUCCUCUCCGAUAUGACCUCCGAGACCGCAUCACCAGACUAGGAGAAAUUCAGUAUAAAAUGGAUGAAGAUGGCUUUCUGCGGCAGAGGGGAAAUGACAUAUUUGAAUAUAAUUCUAAUGGUCUGCUGCAGAAAGCCUACAAUAAGGCUUCUGGCUGGACUGUGCAGUAUUACUACGAUGGGCUCGGGCGACGUGUCGCCAGUAAGUCCAGCCUAGGGCAGCACCUUCAGUUCUUUUAUGCAGACCUUGCCAAUCCCAUAAGAAUUACUCAUUUGUACAACCACACGAGCUCAGAGAUCACAUCCCUGUAUUACGAUCUCCAAGGUCACCUCAUUGCCAUGGAGCUAAGCAGUGGUGAAGAAUAUUACGUAGCCUGUGAUAAUACGGGCACGCCACUGGCUGUGUUCAGCAGCCGAGGUCAGGUGAUAAAAGAGAUCUUGUACACGCCUUAUGGAGAUAUCUACCAUGACACUUACCCUGACUUUCAGGUCAUCAUUGGUUUUCAUGGAGGACUCUAUGAUUUGCUUACUAAAUUAGUGCACCUGGGGCAAAGGGAUUAUGAUGUUGUUGCUGGUAGGUGGACAACGCCUAAUCAUCACAUAUGGAAACAGUUGAACCUCCUUCCUAAACCAUUCAACCUCUACUCCUUUGAAAAUAACUACCCAGUUGGCAAAAUUCAAGAUGUUGCAAAGUAUACCACAGACAUUGGAAGUUGGCUGGAGCUAUUUGGUUUCCAGCUACACAAUGUUCUACCUGGAUUCCCCAAACCAGAAUUAGAAAAUUUGGAGUUAACUUAUGAGCUUCUCCAGCUUCAGACAAAAACUCCAGAGUGGGAUCCCGGAAAGACUAUCCUAGGUAUUCAGUGUGAGCUCCAGAAACAGCUCAGGAAUUUCAUUUCCCUGGACCAACUUCCUAUGACUCCCCGAUACAAUGAUGGACGGUGCCUUGAAGGAGGGAAGCAACCGAGGUUUGCUGCUGUUCCUUCUGUUUUUGGAAAAGGUAUAAAAUUCGCCAUCAAGGAUGGCAUAGUAACAGCCGAUAUUAUAGGAGUAGCCAACGAAGAUAGCAGGCGGCUUGCUGCCAUUCUCAAUAAUGCUCAUUACCUGGAAAACCUUCAUUUUACCAUAGAGGGGAGGGACACUCACUACUUCAUUAAGCUUGGGUCUCUGGAGGAAGACCUGGUGCUCAUCGGGAACACUGGGGGGAGGCGGAUUCUAGAGAAUGGUGUCAAUGUCACUGUGUCCCAGAUGACCUCUGUGUUGAAUGGGAGGACUAGACGGUUUGCGGAUAUCCAGCUCCAGCACGGGGCUCUGUGCUUCAACAUCCGGUAUGGGACAACUGUCGAAGAGGAGAAGAAUCACGUGCUGGAGAUUGCCAGACAACGCGCGGUGGCCCAGGCCUGGACUAAGGAACAGAGAAGGCUGCAAGAAGGGGAGGAGGGUAUUCGGGCAUGGACAGAGGGGGAAAAGCAGCAGCUUUUGAGCACUGGGAGGGUACAAGGUUAUGAUGGGUAUUUUGUUUUGUCUGUCGAGCAGUAUUUAGAACUUUCUGACAGCGCCAACAAUAUUCACUUUAUGAGACAGAGCGAAAUAGGCAGGAGGUAACAAAAAACAUCUCUGCCUUUGCGUCACCAAAGACUGCCUGUUUUUAAAACAUAAAAUGGUUUGUUGUAUUGGUUUUCUAGAUCAGAACUCUGUAUAUGUAAAUAUGGAGGAAAAACAUAUCCAACUGCCUUUCAAUGUGACGGAAGAUGGUAUUUUAAUAUUGUUUGUCUAAACUCUUUAAGAAAUGAGAGAUUUUUAGUUCUUGUGUGGCAGUAUUCAAAAUAACACAAGUAAAACAGCUAAAAAAAAAAAAGUUUCCAGAAAGCACCACUUUAAAUUUGUCGAACCAUGCACAUGAGUUCAAGUAUAAAGAACCCAAGGUUCUACGUAUCUCUACUGUGACGCGAAAGUUUCACGUUUAACUGUUGGCAGAACUUGCGAGCUAUCUGAAAAUGUGGUGCGAUAGUGUUCUGAACCUUGCAUCUCGAAAGACUGCCGGCCCUUUCGCAUUUUCCAGAUCCAUUAUGGGAAACUUAACAAGUGGAAAAUGGCGUCCGCCACCAUCUCCCAGAGUCACGACCCAUUUGCCCUUCCUCCCUGAUUAUUCCUCCUUGCUUGUUAAAAUGCCAUGUUGUUGUGCUGUGUUUUGGCGUGCGGUGGCCGGAUUCUGCCUACCAUGCUUCCCUGUGGGUGUGGUAACAGACUGAAAUGCCACUAUUUGCUCAUGUGUACGUGAUACCAAGGCAGCUGGCCAAUGGAACGUCUCCUGCACAACCUGUUUAGACUCCAUUUUUUCACCAAAUUGUCUGGCUGUAUUGGUGUCAGGUAAACAUAGCUUCUAUUAACCUGGGUAGGAAUUACUCAUCUAUAUAUAGGGUGUGUUUUGGUCAUAGUUUCACAUUAGUGAUUCCAUAUUUAUACACUAAUCCAAUGGUUUUGUGCACACGAAAGGUAAUUUACUACAAAUGAUUCUGGUACAGAAAAAAAAAAAAACAAGAGGUUUUAGCAGGCAUACAUGCCUGGGAUGCUGAUACAUUCACUACUGCAGAAAUUCAGAAGAGCCAAAACCUUAAAAAAAAAAAAAAAUAGACCUAGUACUAAGACGAAAGGAAAGCACCAAAGGGAACAUCACAGUAGUUGCUGCCACAUUGAUUCAUACCACUUAGAUUUAUCUUUCAAAUGUACAAUUCUGUAUGGGACAUCUCCCCUCCAUAGUCAGGAAAUUUAAUUAAGUGAACCCUUUCCAAUCGAAAACAUUUCAACUGAUUAUAGAGAGGCAGACUGUUUUUUACCAAAACAAUUGAUACUUGAGUUAUUUUGGUUCUCUGUCUUUACCCGUUUAUUUUGAUUUAAUCAUGUGUCCUGCCUAGGAAAAAAACUAUUUUCCAGAAAGGGUUAUUUUUGUUCCAUGAUCAUUUAAACUUCGGAAAAAGAUCAGGAUUAGUGUUAAUAUCAGUUGCGGUUCCUCAAUCUUUAUGAAUCCUGUAGCAAAAAGAAGCCCCUUGGUGAGCUAGGAGAUUUGUGCCCAGUGACAAAGAGUUUGUAAAAUGCUGCGUAAUUGUAAGUUACCACAAAUGAAAAGACAUGACAGCACAAUGUGGCCUGCAGAAAAUUCCCCUGAGCCAGCUUCAGCAUUUUCAUCCCUGGGUCUGGAUAUUUGCUAUGUCUGAAGGAGGAUUUAUGAUGGAGUGUUACAGUUUGGAUUCUUUCCAGCUGCUACCUAAAUGCAGUGUGGGGUCAUUGCCUUGCUUGGUGAUGACGGUUUCCUUUGAAAAUAUGCGAAGUCAGAAUCCGGGCUCACGUUAAGGUUUGGAAAGAGUCUGGCUCCUUCACCAAGUAGAGGGAGGAAAAGGCAAGGAUCCGCAGACAGUAGGGGAGGGUGUAUCCAAACAUUUCAUUUUCAAAAACAUCAGGUUGGGGUUACCACAUUCUUACGUGUGUAUUCUGAGAGACACAGAGAGACCGAGAGAGAAUUCAUGAUGAACUCCUCUCUCUUUUUGAUUGGAAGCACACCAGCUCAAGAGAUUACUAAUCCAGACUAUAAUCAUAUUAUUUUUUUUUCUGAAUCAGGCCUGUGUUAGUGGUAUACUGUUUAUUCAGGAUGGGAUUCUAAAAUUAUGAACCAACUUGUUGGAAAUUUGAAUACCUCCACACCAGCCUAAAAAUGGACCUUAUGUUCCUAGAACCUCUGAUGUUCUUUUAAAUCAAUGGAAAAAUAAUUUGUGAACUGUAUAUAGAGAGUGCAUUCAUAAAUGUGAUGAUGUAUUUUAUCACUAAUCCAAGAUGUCAAUAUUAGAGUCUAUUUUGCUUAUAUUUUAAGCGAUUAUUAUACUUUUUGCAAUUCACUGAUGAUGUAUCAUUUUCAAACUGCUUUAAAUAUCCAUUAGAAACAAAUAUUUGAGGCUUUUACUUAAUAGUAAUUACCUUGAACUGUGCAUUUCUAGUUUGUAAUACAUAUUUAUUUAGUUUGUGCCUUUAGUUUCUUAAAGUUACAUUUGUAUUAUAUUCAGGAAAUGCACUUUUUAUCACUUAUAGCUGUGGUUUUAAUACUGCCUUGAACUAUUAUUACUCUCUUUACCUCUCCCGAAGUUUGUGGGAGGAAAGAGGAAAAAAAAAACCCAAAAGGUUAGCGCUAAUGCACAGUAAA